AUGGAGAACAAUAUCAUGUUAGACCAGAACAUUGAACUCCAAAGUGAAGACUUGGAGGUCCCAUUCUUCAACCUAGCUACCAUAGACAUUGCCACUAACAACUUUUCAAGCGAUAACAAGCUAGGUGAAGGAGGCUUUGGACUUGUAUACAAGGGUACACUAACAGAUGGACAUGAAAUUGCUGUGAAAAGACUAUCACGAAGUUCUAUACAAGGAUUAAAUGAGUUUAAAAAUGAAGUUAUAUUGAUUGCCAAAUUGCAACACCGUAAUUUGGUUAGGCUUUUGGGCUAUUGCAUUGAAGGAGAUGAGACCAUGCUAAUCUACGAAUACAUGCCCAACGGAAGCUUAGACUCCUUCAUUUUUGGUUUGAACUUCUCAAAAACUUAUUAA